UGCAACAACGCGGACUUGAUUGGCCGUCUCUCUCGCCACGUAUUCUACCUUCACUAAACAAGGGAAUUGUCAAAAGAACAUAUACCGUCUUAUCAGAAUCAUUCGUGUACUAUCUCAAAGAUGGUUUAAAAGUUAUGGCUCUUACGAGUUGCUUUUGAAAAGAGAUAUCUAUUUCUCUGAUGCCUUUUUCUCAAUUGGAUUAAGUAGCUUAUUGCCUUCAGAAUUAAACAGAAUAUUCUUGGAGUAUGCAAGCUGAUGGUGCUGAGGAAGUUGAAAAGGGGUGGUGCUAGUUUGCUGGAGUAUCAUUUAUUUCUUGAAUAUGUACAAGAUGUUUAUUAAUUACUCCGCUCUUAAUGUUUCAUUUAUUCUUUUCAGACUCAUCCAAAAUUUUCAGAUAAGGAAGUGCAAUGGGUCUAUGAGCAAAAUUGCUUUGAGGAUCUGGAGUUACUGUACCUGUAGAAAUAUGGAAGCAAAAUUGUGGAAUUCGGGGGGAACGUAAAUUUACAUGACAAGGAAUUACAAAUGUAAUGGUCGUAAUUCUGUAGUUGGACGAAACCAGGAAAGUAUUAAACAAUCCUGCAGUUUUACAGCAACUAUGAAGUUUUUAAAGAUGUCUUCGCAAAGUGGGUUCAGCUCCGUCGAAGUACGUGUUGUGCUAUGCUUCUUGUGCACGUGCAAACUGAACCAUGUCUUUGGGCAAACAAUUUCUAUAACUGGAGUCGCAUUCAAGAGGCGAAACGUAGCGAAUUUUGGAUUCGAUACGAUUCUUAAAAGUAUUAAUAAUGUUCGCAGUGGGAUAGAAUGUGCACUUCUGUGCACCAAGUUAAGCGGCUGUUCGGGAUAUGAGUAUCGUUCUCCAAGUAGAGAAUGUCUACUGGGACAAGGACUCCAGCCCGGCUCUGGCAGUGCUUCAAACGACGCCCGACUGUUUGUCACAAACACAGACUGGCUAACGUGCUCAUCGCAAGACCACGCCUAUGUAGAAUGCGCCCACGCUAUGCCUAUAAUGUGGGUGUCUGUGAAAGACAAACACUCCAGUGCUGUCUGUACACGUGACGACAGCUUUGGGCUGACCACUGGUGGAGUCUUGUGGGUAGAUAACGGGUGUCGUGCUACGUUUAAGAUCACAACAUCCUGGUGAUUUUGAGCUUAUGGAGCACGUUUCAUCGAUAAUUAUAAUUGGUCACUUUUAAGGAUAAGCAGGCUCACCCAGAUUUCGGGGGUUCCCAGAAAUCUUUAUCU